CGACCAGUGGGGUCAGGACAAUUUGAUGCGAAAGAUGCGCAUGCUAUUUCUCUCAAUACCUAUCAUCUCUUCACCAUGAUGGCAGCCUCUAAAUGCUAGAGUUCACAUAUGGGGUGUCACCACUAACUAAUCAGGAGGUCUUAGACACAUGUUCAAAUGACUGGCUAGGGUCUUGGACAUGGGGAAAAGGCCUUUUAGGUGGUGGAAGUAUUCAUAGCAAAAGGUUCCACAUUUCCCAAACACACAAACACAGUCAACAACCCGGUAUUUUCUUUCUGCUAUCCUGCAUUACUCAAUAUCUUAAGAGCACAAGAGCGAAGGAGGCAUAAACAUCAGCAUUUCCAAGCCAGACUGCUAAGAAACACUACUUACUGGGCAUUAUUCAGAUUUUUGGUAGUGGCUCUCUGGCUCUCUUUUGCUUUCAAUUUUUUUUCUUUGUUUCAUUUUUAUUUUCAUUUCCUAAGAGAGCCACCACUUCUGCAUAAAUUUCAAACACCUGCCCAACUUUUAAGCACUACCUCCAACACUCACAUAGACUUUAGCAGAAACAGCAGAGAAUAUAUAAAAACCACUCUGUGGAACCUUCUAAAAGAUGCAAAAAGGGUGAUUUUUUCCAUUAUAGACCAAAAGAAAGGAUAACACACGGCUCAAAGGGGCUGACUAGGGGAUAUGACACAUCAGGACAGUCAGUUUUGGGCGUGGGCUAAUCCUAUGCCCCCAUCAUUUUAGCUAGUGACAACGUGAAUGCUACACAUCAUGGAAGAGGGAUCUAUCGCACAAGAAAGAAACGAGCAGGCUCAAAUCUCACAUGGCUACCUAUAUGCUCUAUCUCACAUUCUGAUACCCUGAACUAGAUGCAUAAACGACUGUCAAGAGCAAGUAGUCAGAUCAAGUCAGAUCAAGUCACAGUUGGCAAGCCAACAGUUGAAAAACUGAACCCCUACAUCGUUCUACUGCACAUCUCAGUCCUCAUCAUAGGUUGUCCUAGUCGCAAACAAGUUGUCAUGCAUUAAUCCGAAAACCAAUCAAUUCAUCCAUCAAAACACAGUGCCAAUAUGAUCAAACAACAUUACUUGGAGCCCUCAAAUCGUAAGAUUCGGACAGUGGACUAGGCUCCAAGCACCAUCAUAAAUAUUCCAACCGAUACAAAACAUCCCCCACACUUAAGCACGACAUUGCCCUCAAUGGAGUAGAGGGAAAGAUAAGGGGAACGAUGUUACCGGGUAAGAACACUGCUGGGGGACUGGAAGUGGACCAGUCAGCGAGAAACGAACGGGGGAGUGGACAAUGCUGCACAAAUCGAACACCAGAAACCACUAGCACACUGUGCGUUAGGGAUAAGUGUUAGCCCAGACGGCUACAUCAAACCACAAGGGAAAAACCAAAAAACAAAAACAAACGACACCAAGUUCAAGCUCCGCACACAUGGAGCAAACACACAAAAGUCUAAAAAGAAAAACAAACACACUGAGACGGGCAACGAGUACAGCCUACUCGUCGCCAAGAUCGUCGAGGUCGAUGUCGAUCCUGAACGCAUCAUCAUCAGCAGCGCCAGCAGCUCCAUCAUCACCGUCAGCUGAAGCAGCCCCGGCCGCACGGGCAGGCACGCACGGCCGUGCACCUUGGGUUUUUGCCCGUGCAGGCCGGCACGGCCUGGCCGAGGAUGUUGCACGGCCGUGCACAAGGCACAUUUGGCCGUGCAACUAUCACCGAGAGUUCGCACGGCCAGGUGGUGGUACCCGCACGGCCGUGCGAGGCAUUAUGUUGCCCGUGCAAGGCGCACGGCCUGGCCGAGGAUGCUGCACGGCCGUGCGUUGGGCACUUUUGGCCGUGCACUCCUGGCCGAGAGCUCGCACGGCCAGGCCAGGCUAGGCGCACGGCCGUGCAAGUUAAUUUUCUGGCCGUGCGACUUGCUGGGGUCCCGAAAUCAACCUGUUUUCACUCAAAAACGACACGUAACUCCGGAUCAACGUCUCAAGACUCAAAAACACACAAAAUCAAAGGAAAAAGAGUAAGAAAAUGCAAACCUCGGUGGGGUUGCCUCCCCACAAGCGCUUCUUUUACGUCUUAGCUAGACGGUGGCUCCUAAGUUUCGGUCCACCCCAAAACCUCCUUGAAGUUGAGGUUCUCGUCGAUAAUGUGGAGUCUCAAGUCACAAGCAGGUGAAGUGCUAGGUGAUGAAGACGGCUCGUGACCUUGAGGAAGAUGAAGUCUCCACUCACGAGACCUCUCCUUCGCAUCUGCUCUUGUCUCACUGCCCCAAACCAGAUAAGAUAUAUUCGAUUGACCACCAUCGUAUCCACCAAGAGGGAUUGAUGUUGAUGUGGUCUUAGUUGGGCAAAGAGACACUGCAAAUGGGUCCUUGCCAAGCAGCUCCUCGAAGUUUGGUGGAGAUAUCAAGUGUAACAUAGGCUCGGUGCAAGCCUCUUCCACCUCAACUUCAUCCUCAGCCUGGACGCCAAUUGCUUCCACAACCCCCUACCUUCUUCACAAUGUGGUCUCUCCCCUUGGAAAAGAUCAAGAACUACCUCUUCUUUACUUUCUUCCUCAUCCUCCACAACUUUCUUCCUCAUCCUUGCUCGCUCUUCUUCUUCUAGAACAUAUUGGAGAGCAAGUCGCCAAGCAAUUUCUUCAAGGGAAUCAUCUUGCAUCUCCUCGCACAGGUCCAGCAUGUUAGAGCAAAAAUGAGGAACGGUGUGAUCUGCCACCAGAGGACUUUCAUGAUCAUGAUUAUCAUGGAAGUUCUCUGUGAUAACUUCUGUAGGCUCCUCAACGCCCCCGCUGCCCUUGUCAUCCUCCGCCUCUUCUAGCGAAGUAGCAGAAAGGUGAUCUUGAGCAGGUUGUGCAUAAGCUUUCUCAAGAUCCUCGAGGCUCUUCUUUAUGCUCAGGAGGGUCUCCUCUGUUUCACGGUAGGAGAACCCAGUUUGGGCAUUGUCACAACCGCCCCUCUGGAUCGGGGGAUCUGUCGCGAAAUGCUCGGAGUCGCCAUCGACCGCGCUUUGGGGUGGGUCGAACACCCUUUUCUGGUUUUGUUAUUUAGGUUAAAACCAGAAAUCUGGUCUGCGAAUUUUAGAUUUUUCUAAGUUCGGGAGUACGGUUACGUGUGGGGAAAUAUAUUCACACCCCACCACGCCCCAAGUGGGUACUACGUGAAUCGAUAAGUUUUUAAGGGUUGGGUGUAUUAUUAUUUGCGGCUAUAUUAAUGUAUUUAAUUUUAUGAUCUGGUUAAUUAGUUAGUUAUUAAUAUUUGAUCAUACGUCUAUUGACAUAAUUCUCAAAAUUAAAGAAAGAGUUUUUGGUUAGUUGGACUCGAACCUAUUGGUUGCCUACGUACCCGAGUAGUCGGGAUCAAAGUCCACGUAGUUCGAUUAAAAAUGAGUGGUUUUUUUAAGAAGCGAUCUUAACACGUUCUAUUGAUCGUGGCUAAGAUGAUAAUUUGAGUUGUUAGGCGAUGUAUUUAUGAUGUUUCAACUUAGUAGUUGAAUGGUAAAACCAUCUUUCAAAUGAUUCCAUCAAGAGUAACUAUUACGGUUUAUUUAUCAUGAUUUCGUAUUAAGAUAUUUUCUAAGUAAAACGAGCAUGGGUAUGAAUAAUGAAGCCAAAUUGAAUGU